AUGUCUGAAGAAGUCACUUCUGCCAGUCUAAUCUUCCAUGACUCCGGGAAGAGAGAGAAGAUCCCGGAGUUUGACACCAUGGAGACAAAAGUUUAUAAACAGCAAAAUGUCCAAGAAGAACUUCAGAGAAACAUGUGCCUACACCAAAUGGGGAAUGUCAACAGUUCUGAGAACAUCCAGAACCUCAAUGAGAAGAUCCAGAACCAAUCUAUCACAUUGCAAACGCUGGCCACCAGGCUGUGUCGUGAGCUACAGGAAAAAGAGCCAGGGCACAAAUGUAAACCUUGUCCACCAAACUGGCUGUGGCACGCAAAUAGAUGUUAUCUUCCAUAUCAUAUUUAUACCACGUGGCAAAAGAGUGAACAGUUCUGUGCUGACCGCAAUGCCAGCCUGCUGAAGAUUAACAACAAGGAUACAGUGGAGUUUGUAAAACCCAUACAAUUAUUUGGCUAUUGGCUUGGAGCAUCUCCUACACAAGAUAGCACAAACUCUAUGACAGUGGAUCAGAGUGUUGCUUCUUCUAUUUGGUUGAAGAACAAGCCCAGUGCCUUCAAUGGAAUGUAUUGUGCACAUAUGACAUCAAACAUGCGCAUUGCUUAUGAUGAUUGUUUGGGACUCAGAUAUGCAAUCUGUGAGAAAAUGGCUGGUCCAGUGCGGGUAGAAAGUGUGCUAGGUUAAAGUUCACGAUGAAAGGCUGUACUUGGUAAAGAAGUCCUUGGCUUGAGAUGCUGUCCUGCACUGGGAAGGAUCUAGAAGUCAGCAUGUGUCUCCUGGAUCACACAAAUGGAAUAAAAAAACGAUGACCAGAUUUCUGCCUCUCUGCACAUUUGGAUCUUCUGGUAUUUAUCUUGCUCCUCAUCUGCUGAGGGUA